GCAUAUACGCACUUUCUGACAAACACAUUUUCCACAAAACGCACGAGUUUACAUCUCAUAUACAGAGCGGUGAUGCGAUGAAACCAUCGUCGGUUGCGCUGUGAAAAUGGUUCUCCGAUGUGUGUGGGGAGAGUGUAAUGGCGACGAGCGAUACCCAGAUAGGGUAAAACUGAAAGGAAAUUUAAUACCUUUUCCAAAGCCCAAAAAAGAAAAAGAAAAGUGUUUACGGUGGAUUCGUGCCUGUGGCAGACGUCAUGCUUACCUAAAUAUCAACAGGGUAAACAAACACACAGCUGUCUGCUCAACGCAUUUUGUUGGAGGCAAAGGUCCAACCAUUGACUAUCCCGAUCCGAUAAAUGGAAUUAAUGGAACACCACCUGUACGCAGACGGCCCCCACCAAAAAUAAGAACAAACAAAUUUAAGACACCACAACAAGAUAUUACAGAAAUAUCAAACAUGAAGACUGAUGAAAAUUGCAAGUACAAAAGUUCUACAUCUCAAACAGACAACCAAUGGGUUUCAGCAAUUGAUUUCUUGGCUUUGGCAGCUGAAAACAAGGAACUUCACUCCAAGUUAAAAAUUUGUGAAGAAAAACUACAAAAACCCAUAUCUAAUUUUGGUGUUGAACAUGUAUUAGCAGGAACACAUAUAAAAGAUCUUUUUAGAUACUACACAGGAAUAACAUUCAUUAGAUUUGUAGCAUUGCUAAACUUCUUAAUUCCUUCAAAUGUGAGUCUACAUAGAAAUGUAACUCGGCAUGAUGUUAGAUCUAUGUCCAACAAAGAUGGUCUGUUUUUGACUCUAUUUCGAUUACGACAUAAUUUUGGAUUAAAGGAUCUGAGUAUGAGAUUUUGUGUUGCAAUACAGUCAGCUGGCAUAAUAUUGAAUACUUGGAUUGAACAUAUGUAUUUCAUGUUUGGCCAGUUAUCCAUAUGGCCCCACAGGGAUAUAAUAAUUAAUAAUAUGCCAAUGAAGUUUAAGAAAGAUUAUCCAAAAACAUUAGUAAUAAUUGAUGCAACUGAGUUGAAGACACAGACUCCAAGUUCUAUGGGUCUCCAAAGUCAGUUAUACAGUGACUACAAGUCAAAUACAACACUUAAAGGCCUUAUUGCUUGUGACCCAAAUGGCUCUGUAAUUUUUAUUUCAGAAUUAUAUUCUGGGUCAAUCUCAGAUAAGCAAAUUACUCAAGACAGUGGAUUUUAUGAAUUACUAAGUAAACUUUUAGCAUUGGGGUAUAUAAAUGAAGGUGAUGCUGUAAUACUUUAAUUAUAAUAAUAUUAGGUACAGCCUAUUAAAAUUUUCAGCAUAAAACAUUUAUUCCUUUUUAUAUGUUCUACAAUUGCUUUUUAUAUUGCACAUGCAUAACAUUGACAAUAAUAUUCUCUUCUUCACUUCAUACAUUUCUUAACACAUUCAAGGUUACCAGAGAUAACAAAUAUACAACUUCAGCAUCUAAUUGGACUAGAAGAUACACCUAUGCAUUACUUAAUAUCAUCAAACCACCCAAAAGUCAGCACUACACUUGGGAAUGUUCAGAUUGGAUCAGUGCUUUCAUACCAGGUACGUAUGUGAACAACACCUAUAUUUGAUGUUGAAGAAUUUGUGGCAAAGACAAGCCAAACCAGUCACUUGUCGCAAAUUGUGUUACAGAGAAAAUGGCCAAAACAUGCUGGAAUGUCAAAUUUUUA